CGUUUGUCUGAACAGACUCACUCACCUGACAACAUGUCUACGGAAGAAAGGCUCAACCAGAUGCGUGGGUACAAAGCCACUCUGAGCAACCCCAACGUCUCCGAAGAAGCGAAGCAAAAUGCACAAGCUAUGCUCAAUGAAAUCGGUGGUGACCGCCCGCGCGACGAGCUAUAUGAAGCCAGGGGCGAUCAAAACAAAGAUCCAAUGAGGGUUUCAGCUGGGCUUAAGGCUGCGCAGCACAAUCCUGGUGUGACGGAGGGCGGGAAGCAGAGAGCUGCUGAGGAAAUGCAGGAAAGGCAUGUUCCGGAGGAGUAAUAUCGUCUUUGGUCAUCCAAUAUGUAAUACAGGCACGAGGGUAUAAGUGGGAAGGAGAGAAUGCGAUAUGCAUUGAGGGUAGCAGUUAUUAUUCAAAAGUGUACCAUGAAAAUAACAAAUCAUAUACAUUUCCUCGAACCCUUGCUUUGUGGCUAUUUGCAGUUUUGGACCACCUACUUGGUGUUGGGGACAAAUAAUCAAGAAUGGAAUAUUCGU